AUGGCGAUCGAUCAAUCCCUCAAGAGGAAGAGAGGGAGGCCAGCAGGAGGAGGAGGUUCCCCGUCUGUCAACAAGAGCCAGCGAGAUAAGAUGGUCAUGGAGCAGAAGAUGGCACUGGUGCAUCAAAGGCUCGCCUUGCUUGACAGCGAGAGCGACAAGGAUGCUGAUGUUGUGCCGACGGCCACAAUGCAGGAUGAUAAGCUUGCUGCUGUUGUUGUUGAUCAACAGCCUGUUGUUAUUAAUUUCGGUGACACAGAUGACGAGGAUGAAUAUGUUCCUUUGAGAAUUGUGCGGCCACGGAGGUUGGACAGUGAACAAGAAAAGCUGCUUGAUGUUUCUCAAACACACAAUGCUCAGGGUACUGACACCGCUAAAAAGAAGAGAGGGAGGCUUGUCAAGGCCCAGAGCAACAUGGAGCAGAAGUUGAAAUUGUCAACACCAAGGCUUGCCUUGGUUGAGAGCGGCUGCAGUAACAGCAGCAAGAGCGACAUAGAAGAAGAUCUUGUGCCGAUGGUAGCUGCUGUUAAUUGCAAAAAGACAUGUGCAAGAGUUCAGGGUAACUUUGGGUCUGCUAUGGAGAGAGCUGAGGAGGUACUGGUAAAGUUACCAGCCGAACAUCCUAGCUUUGUCAAGCAUAUGCUACAUUCACAUGUUGUUCAGGGUUUCUGGCUGGGUCUACCGUCUGGCUUCUGCAACAAGCAUCUCCCAAAGAAGGACGUUACUAUUGUGCUUGAAGAUGAGGAUGGGCAUAAUUAUGAUGCAAAAUAUCUAGGUGCCAAGCAAGGACUUAGUGGUGGUUGGAGAGGUUUUGCGCUUAAUCAUGAUAUUAAGGUCGGAGAUGUUGUAGUCUUUCAACUUGUCAGUUCAGCAAAGUUUAAGGUCUAUAUAUUGAGAGCGAACAACUUCACUAUAACUGAUGGAGCACUUGGUCUCCUGUGUUUGGAAGCAGGCAAAGAGAAGAUAUUGAAAGAAGAAAGAUCCAUUGAUGUCAAAUCUAAGGAGAAUCCAAAGUUUCGGAGCGAUGGCAGUAACCCAGCCAGUGACUCAAUAACAGACGGCAUCAGAUUUUCAGAUACAGCCAUCGGUUUCGAUGAUGUGAAAAGUUUCAGCAACUUCAACAUCAUCGUAGAUGGUCUGGUCAUCGACUGCAAGUUUCCUGACCACCUACGCAAGACGUACUACGAGCUGUGCUGUGCCCAGGAGUCAUUCCUUCACAAGGAUCUGCUUAAGCAGAUAAACCUCACACUCGCCGUGGGAGUGAUCAUGGAGACUAUCAACAUCGCGGAGGGUAUCAGAGCAUGCAAAGCGCAUGCUUCUUCCCAUGAGGACUUUGUGAUCUGGAAGAAGACCUUGGAGGCCUUUGAGCUCCUGGGCAUGAAUGUCAAGUUCUUGCUCAAACGCAUCGAUGAUCUCCUCAGCCUUUCUGCUCUACCUAGAGACCCUGCUGAGCAUGAAGGGUACAAAGAGAUGAAACUGGAGCGGGCACGUGCCGGAGCAAAAAUGAAGGAGCUCGAGUCCAUGAUGUCAAGUGUGAAGGACACUCUGAAAAAGAUGGACGUGGAAAUGGAGGAGAUGGAGUCCAGUGCGAAGAGGACGGAUGAGAUGCUGCGGCGGUUAGCAACCGCACCAUGGUAG